AUGAAGAUGGCAAAAGCAUGUGGCGCUACUCGCCUCAAAAUCUUCGGCGACUCUCAUCUUGUCGCACAGCAGGUAAUGAACAAGUGCGACGCGGUCAACGACAGCAUGAUAGCAUACAAGGAGGUAUACAAUGAACUUGAGAAAACCUUCGACGGUUGUGAAGUAAAUCAUGUUAGUAGACUCAGCAACGACGAAGCCAACAUUUUGGCAAACAUCGGGUCGCAGUGUUUUCCUAUACCACCUGGAGUUUUUUGGGAGGAAAUCAGCGAGAGAUCAACUAAGCCGAAGAAAACAGCAUCGAAGCAGUUGAAGAAAAAGGAUAAAUCCAAGAAAGGCUCGGGGGCUGCAGCAGCCCCAGAAUCUCAUGUUUCUGAUGAAGAGGAAGAACCAGAAGAGGUCAUGAUGAUAGAAAUACCAUGGAUGCAAUCAUACUUGGCGUACAUCAUGAAGAAAGAAAUACCCGAGGAUCCAGUGGAGGCACGGAAAGUCAUCCGAUGA